AUGAGCUCGUUGUUACAGGGUCUUAAGUUCAUACAGCGCUCAGAGAGCGAGAAAAGAUCGAAGCGCGAGAAAGAGAAGAAGAAGAAUGCAAAAUCAAAAUCGAAGAAGCACAAGAAAAAAAAUAAAUACGUAAGUACCAGCAGCAUAGAAGAAGAUGUUGCAAAGCAUAACGAAUCGAGAGCUACAAAGGCUUUACCACGGGAUGACUGGAUGACGAUGCCGUAUAUAAUGUCAAAUGCUGAUUCUGAUGCGGUAGUAAAGGAGCCUUUCGAAUCAGAAGAGCAAGCAAAGCAGAAGAAGAUCCAGGAUGAAAUAAACGCUGGAAUGCGGGAGCCAGUAACAGGAAUGGUUUACGGUCUGUAUAAUCCGAAAGAUCCUGAUGCUGCACCUACUGUCUCUAUUAGUAUUGUAGACGAAUUAGAUGCAAAACAAAAUCAAAACGAUGAUGAGAUGCCACGAUUCGGUGAUGGAGGAGCGAGUUGGUGGGCAAAGAUGCUGAAACAAGCCGAGGAAAAGGCGCGAGCGUCGGGUGUUGCAGUUGAAGAGAUUGUACGCGAAAGAUAUGGAUCAAUUUCUGCAUUAAGGAAAAAUGCGAAAGGAUCAGCGAAUGACAAUGCGCAUAUGCAGUAUAAACGACAUGCAGUGGAUAACAAAGCAGGACGUGAACGCCGGGUGGUUGACGUCAAACGGAAUGCUCAAGAUAAGACACUGCUGGUCAAUUACUCGAAGAGAGUGCAGCAAUCAGUAAAAAUAGUUGAAUCGAGCAGACAUGAAACAGUUAGUAGACGGGAGGAAGGACGGAACUUGACUCGAAAGACAAUACAGGAGGAUGAGGAUGAAGAACCCGUUGACUAUAAUAAGUUGACGGAUUUUGACGACUGUGACGCACGAGUGAGAGCAUUCCAUCGUAGGUAUAGGAAGGAUGAAGGGAGUAGCACUCGCGAUUACAAUCGCACAAGCUUUAAACGACACGGUCGUCGUCGAAGCUGCAGCAGUGAACGAUCAGUUGAUAGAAAGCGAUCGCGAAGGUCACAUCGUUCCCGUUCACCUACUCAUCAUGAGAUGCUUCGCUCUAAGCAGGAAAGAAACAAUUUGCCGGAGAAAGCUGAUUUCUUAGUUGAGCACAAAGAGACUCCGCUUUUGCGUGUGCGUGACGAAGCAAAGACCGUCGCCGAAAAUCUUGAGUCAGAAAAACGAAGAUCUUUUCUUUACGGUCGCAAAAACCCUGUCGACUGCAAAGUUGAACUUGAGCACAACCCAUUAGUUCACAAUAAAAUGCCGCCAAACAAGACUGGGCCAGUAACAAGCUGCAGUGUGGGUAACACAAACGAGAAUGUAGCUUUAAACAAGUUGGCAGCGAAAGCGUUACGAGCUCAGAUGAUGGGCAAGACCGCUUUAUUUCACAAAUUGACCGAGCAGUUGAAUGAGCUCGAAGCGCAGCUGGAGCGUGAAAAGACUGCAGCUGCCAUUCCUCAUUACGAGACAUUUCCUGGAGCUUUACCACCUUUAGAAAAGGAAGAUUUGCGUAAUGGAUCACACAUAGGUAAGAAGAAGCACGCAAAAAAACUUAAUAUUAAUGGACCAGAAUUGGAAGCUUCGCUAGAAGAGUUGGUGCGUGAAGAACGAAUGGAAAGUUCACGGAAGUGCAAAGGCAACAUGGAUGCGGCUCAUGCACGAAACAUUUUUCGACUUGGUUCACGCUACAAAGGAAGCGAAGUAAACGCUCAGAAGUUCUCGAGUGGACUCGACGAAGAUGAGCAAGUGAACAUUAACCUGUUGCAAGAAUCAGCUUUAAACCGGAGUAGACGCGCAAGAGAUCAGCGUGAGCACGCCAUGGCUAUUAAUGACACCAAGCACUGGGAUGAGCGAAUUCAAAAGUGCUCACUUUGUAUGAAAAGCCGAGCUUUCAAGCGACAGAAAAUAUUGUCGUUUGGCGAAUUUACGUAUCUUGCGGUGCCAAACCGUCCUAUUUUACAUGCUGGGCACUGUGUGAUCGUGCCAGUUGAGCAUGAAUGCUCUAUUGUCCAAGCAGAUGAAAAAGUGAACGACGAGAUCAAGCGAUUUCAAACUGCAUUGACAAGUAUGUGCGAGCAAGAGUACGGCAUGAGUAUGGUCUUUAUUGAGCAAACAAGUGCGCCACAUCGAAAGCGACACACGUGGAUCGAGUGCAUUCCUAUUGACCCAGAAUUAGCACUGGAUUUGCCGCUGUACUUCAAACAAGAAUUGAUGCAGGCUGACAGUGAGUGGAGUACGCAUCAACCAAUCAUUGACACAAGUAGAGGUGGCAUCAAAAGUCUCUUGCCACCAACAUUUUCAUAUUUUCACAUUGAGUGGUAUACACGGAAGGGACGGGGGGGGAAUGCUGGGCGUAGCGAAUGUUCUUACUCGGCGAUCUAG